AUGCAACUUACUGAAUUGAUUCAUCAUAGUAGGUCAUCUACUUUACCAUCUAUAUCCACAGCUAGCAGUUAUCAACACAAUACACCGUUACCCUUACCAUCAAAACAAGAACAACUGCAAUCACAACCAAAAGAAGCUCCACAUUUGGCCAAGAGGAUAAGUUUACCACCAAUUAGUGAUCUUUUGGCUACUCCUCCUCCACCACCACCACAACAACAACAACAACAAGUACCACAACCUCAUUACAAUUACUACACUACUACAGCCACCACCACCACCAAUAACGAUACCUUGAACAGAUCUCCAAAUGCCGGAUAUAGCACAUCUUCAUCAAUCUCAUCGCCAUCUUCUAUACAGUACCAUAACCAACAACUGCAUUACUUUCAUAACAAUCCUAGUCAGCAACCACAACAAUUACCUUCAAUUAUACGCUCAAACUCAUACCCACAACAAUCAACACUCAGCCAAGAUCCAAACUACCCCCACCAUCAUCUAGCUCACUACCCAUCACACGAAUACUACCCACAACCACAUCCACAUCCACAUCAGCAACAACACUACGCACCAUCAUUCAACACCAACAGCAACAACAUCGCAAACCGUAACAGUUCUGACCACAAUGGUCCCAACUCCAAAAGGAAAACAAGAAAUAACUUGCCUAAAGAAAUAACCUAUGUAUUAUUACGUUGGCUUAAUGAUCAUUUAAACCAUCCUUACCCCAAUUCAUUUGAAAAGAAUCAGUUGAUGAUGGCCACUGGUUUAAAUCAACAACAAUUGAGUAAUUGGUUUAUUAAUGCUAGAAGAAGGAAAAUUAAAACAUUAAAGGAACAAAAAAGAAUGAUGCAUAUGGUUUAA